AUGGAUGUAGUUAGAGUUCCCCAACCUUCCUUCCGCACGAGGGAAAUGAAUGAAAGCAUGGUCAGCGGCAGAUUCCGGUUUGCUGUUGUAAUGCGCGCUGAACAUUGCGGGAAGGAAAGUAUGGUGUAUUCACCGUUAAAGAAAGAAUUAGAGCAUGGAAUUGCCACGCGAAAUCAUACGAGAAUAAAUGAAAUAAAUAAAGAUAUCCCUUCAAUAAAAGUACUUGAAAAUGAUAAAAUUUACAAAAUAACGUUAAAACAAAUUGAAAUUCCUGCACCUUAUUAUGUUGAACAUGGUAAAAUGAUAUUAAGGCCAACGAAUAAUCGAUUAUGGCGAAUCGUUAGUUGGUGUUGCUUAACAUUUUCAGCUAUAUUAUCUAAAUUAUUCUUAAAGUUUUGCAGUUCAACCAUUAUAUAUAGUAAAGAACCAUUCUUAGAGGUUUUAAUGGAUCCAAAAAGAAUAAGACCCAUUUUAACUGUAUCUAAUCACUUGUCCACUAUUCCUUUAAGAAAUCUAUUAAAACUUGACCUUGAUAGAAUGCGUUGGACACUUGGUGCACAAGAAAUAUGUUUCACCUCACCACUUCUUGCUUUAUUCUUUACUCUCGGUCAAGUGAUACCAACAGUUCGAGGGGCUGGAAUUUAUCAACCAGCAAUGAAUUUCGCGAUAGACAGAUUAAAUGAAGGAAAAUGGGUUCAUGUUUUCCCAGAAGGAAAAGUCAAUCAAACAAUGGAUUUACUUAGAUUCAAAUGGGGAGUUGGGCGUUUAAUGAUGGAAUCUACUAAUCUACCUAUAGUUAUUCCAUUAUGGCAUAAAGGUCUUGAUAAAAUAAUGCCAGAAACAACUGAAAUUAAGAAAAAACGGUGGAUACCUAUUCUCGGAGAAAAUGUUGUAAUUAUUUAUGGAAGUCCUAUUGACUUUAAAGAUAUUUUAAUCGAUUACCAUGAGAAAAAAACAGAAGAAGUUGAAACAAGAAUAAUAAUUACUGAGACAAUCUUUCGAGCGAUGGAUGAAUUACAGAAAAAAGCCGAGGUCUUGGAAAACAAUAAUAAAAGGCCAAUAAAUUAA